AUGCGUUUCUAUGAGGGUAAAGAUUGGACAAAUGUUUCUUUCGAAGUCGGCCGCAAGACGCUCAGAGAAUGGCGCGAGGAACAGCUGCGACGCAGCGAAGAGGUUGUUGAACUGUGGGAGCACGUGAUCAGCCGAUCUCCCUCGGCCCUCGGCGACGAGCUCUGGAUGGUCUACGAGCAGGUGUGCAUCGCCGCGCUGGACAGCGCGCGCAACGACCUGGCCCUGGAAUGCAUCCAGGCGCUCGACAAGCGAUUCCCGCGCAGCAACCGUGUCCUCAAAUUGCAAGCCAUGCGACUCGAAUCGCUUGAACAAUACGAUAACGCGAACGCCAUCUACACAAAGCUGAUCGAGUCGGAUGCGACAAAUAAUUCCUACCGCAAGCGCAAAGUGAGCGUGCUGCUCGCCCAGGGCAAGCGCCUCGACGCCAUCAAGGAGCUCAAUGAAUAUCUCAAGGUUUUCAUCAACGACUCUGAAGCGUGGAUACAGUUGAGCGAGCUUUUCCUCGUCGAAUCCGACUACGCCAAGGCCGCGCAUUGCCUCGAGGAGUGCUUGCUGGCUUCGCCGCUCAACGCGAUCUACCUGCGACGGCUCGGUGACAUUCGCUAUACACAGGGCGGGCUGGAGAAUGUGGAGCUGGCCAAGAGCUACUAUGAACAGGCCUACAAACUGAAUCCGCAAGACUUGCGUUCGCAAUACGGGAUCGUGCUAUGCUCGAAUCAGAUGGCGGGCGGCAAGGCUAGCGUCGAGAAGAAGCAAGAGCUCCGUACCUCGGCAUCGGCUGUAGUUGAACGGAUAGCGCAGAGAUACGAAGACGCGGCCGCUGACGGGCUGAACCCAGAAGCCCAGAACAUUGCCGACACCGUUCGCAAGAUGGGCUCGCAAAUCGGCGGGAAA